ACAGCGCCCCCCGCCACCGCGUCUCCUUGCUGCUUUUGUGCUCUCCCUCUCGCCAUGGCCAGCCUUAAGGACCUCGAAGGGAAGUGGCGCCUGUUGGAAAGCCACGGCUUUGAGGAGUACAUGAAAGAGCUAGGAGUAGGACUGGCUCUUAGGAAGAUGGGUGCCAUGGCCAAACCAGACUGUAUCAUUACUUGUGACGGCAACAACAUCACAGUCAAAACCGAGAGCACAGUGAAGACGACAGUGUUCUCUUGUACCCUGGGGGAGAAGUUCGAUGAAACUACGGCAGAUGGCAGAAAAACUGAGACGGUUUGCACCUUCACCGAUGGCGCCCUGGUCCAGCACCAGAAGUGGGACGGGAAGGAAAGCACGAUAACAAGGAAGCUGAAGGACGGGAAGCUGGUGGUGGAAUGUGUCAUGAACAAUGCCACCUGCACUCGGAUCUAUGAGAAGGUGCAGUGAGGACCUCAUUGUCAUCCUGGACAGGCGUCCGCUGCCAGAGUGAAGAGCCCAAUUCAGUGAGCAGGCCAUAGACACACACACGGCUUCACUUCUUUGGUUUUAUUUUUCAUGACUGUUCAGUUCUCUUUAUUACAAACACCUUACAUGAACCCGUGUCAAACUGUUGGUUUGCCCAGGAUCAUCCCUUUGUUUAGUAAAUAAACGUGUUUGUGCUAACUCAU